AUGUUUGUACACAAAUACGAAAAUGCCGGCAACGGCGUGGCAAUGAUGGAGGCAUCGCAACUCAAUAAUCAGGCAAACUCACUUGAGGCUCGUGGUGAUUAUACAGGCGCCGAAAAAUUGUUUUUGCAAUCCCUUGAGCUCAAGAUUAAAAAAUUCUGGCGAGGAUUCUAUCCAAACGGCUCUGUCAAAAAAUGCAUUGGGAGAGUUGUAUAUGAAGAUGGAAGGAAGAAUGGAGGAUGCAAAGAAGAUGUUGGAGCAUGCUGA